GAUAAUGGGUACCCCUAAAGAAGAGACAACAGAUGAAGUUUUCUCCGAGAAUUUAGAGCAAAAGCCGGAGCCUGAUCCUGCAACCAAAUCAGAGUUAAAAGAGAAACGGAGCUUUGAAUCGACUUCAGCUGAUGUUGUUUCUGGUGAGCUGCAGAAGAGAUUGAGUCCUGAUGCUGACAAACAAGCAUCAAAGAAUAAUGAAGAGGAAAGUACAUAUCCUCCAACAGGCCAAGAAGUGUCAAGGAUUAGUCAAUGUGAUAAAGGGAUUAAUGUGUCACAAUCCAAUCAAGAAGAUAUUUCUCUUUCUAGAGUACUAGAGAACCCGUCCGAAAAUGUGGGGCAGCUGCAGGUUCUUAAGAGUGAAGCCGGUGCAUCUGGAUCUAGUCAACUUUCUAGUUUACCGAAGGACUCAGAUGCAAAAUCAUGUGGAUCAGAAUCUGGUGUAAAACGUUUAUCUGGUAAGGCUUCAGAUUCUUCAGAUCAAAUGCAAAGUUCGAACACGGAGAUUUUAUUAUCACAAUCUGAUCAACAACGAGUAAAUUAUCCCAUACAAAAGCGUGAGAAAGCCCUAGAUAAGUUGCAACCAAGGCGGAACCCUGACACUAGUGUCCAUGGGUUGACGUCUGAUCAAGGAGUGACUCUCCUCAGGGUGCCUGAAAAACCAUCCGAAGAUGGAUAUAACUGGCGAAAGUAUGGUCAGAAGCUUGUCAGAGGAAAUGAGUAUACUCGGAGUUAUUACAAGUGCACAUACCCUAAUUGUCAAGCAAAAAAGCAAGUGGAGAGAUCACAUGACGGGCAUAUUACAGAUAUCCACUAUAUUGGGAAGCAUGAACAUCCGGAAACUCCAAGUGGUCCUCAGAUGCUCCCCGAGUUGGUACUCCCUUUGCAAAUGAAACAACCAGAGAUUCCAAUAAUCUCUACAUUAGAAGCUGAAGGCGAGAAAUCUACUAGGCCCCAAGAAACAUGUGAACCUAGUAAGCCAUCAGAAGCUCCGCUUGUAUUGGACAUUGUAUCAGCUUGUGGCGGUGUGAAGGGUACGCCUUUAAAGCGACAUAAAUCAGAAACUGAGGUCGAUAAGGAUGAUGGAUCAGACUCAAAAAGACAAAAAAAGGAUAUAGUAGCUACGGUUGAUACUCCACCUAUUAAGUCCCAAAGUGAACCACGACACAUUGUUCAGACCGUGAGCGAAGUAGAUAUAAUCAAUGAUGGUCAGCGCUGGCGCAAAUAUGGGCAAAAAAUUGUAAAAGGCAAUCCAAAUCCGAG